AUGUGUAAUCGGCUUCCUUUUUUUGGUCAGGAAAUACAAAAGAAUGCUUUUCAUCCUCACCCACUGACACUUAAUGAUAAUGAUCCAGAGACUAUAUUUGUAUGUAACGGAUGUGGAGAACUGUGCCGCGGUUUAUCUUACAACUGUAACCUAUGUUUGUUUAGCCUUGAGAGCAAAUGCGCUGCUUUAAAUGAUGAUCUUGCUAAACAUGAGGCCCUUAAAGGGAGGGAAAUUCAAACUACAAUCUAUCAUUUCAGCCACAAUCAUCAGCUAACUCGUUGCAAGAUUAAUAGAUUGCAAACUGAGUUUCAUCUGUCUUGCAUGGCAUGCAGACAAUACCUGUAUGGUCUAGUUUAUGCUUGCCUUGGUUGUGAAUUCUUUUUGCAUGAAUCCUGUCUUAAGGACAUGCUGAUGGAAGUUGAAAGCCCAUUUCACCCACAACAUCCUCUUCUCCCAUUUCCACUCGUAUCUGGGGGUUAUUAUCCUGAAUGCAGAUUUUGCAGGGACAGAAUUGUAGACAUCGCGUUCAUUUGUUUUGAAUGCCGGUUUGGCUUGCACUAUUCAUGUGCUAAUUACCAAACUCGCAGGAUAAAGCACAAUUGCCAUGGUCACCAUCUUCUACAUUUGGGGAAAAGCAUUUUCGUUAAAACAUCUCCCAAAUGUGCUAGAUGUCGUACAGAUUGUAACGACACCUUGUUUGGCUGCAUAAAGUGUAAAUUCUACAUACAUCUUGAAUGUAUUUCACUGCCAUAUAUCGUCAAACAUAUGCGCCAUUUGCAUCCACUUACACUUACAAACUCUGUUGUCGAAGACAAUUCUGGAGGACAUUACUGUGAUAUAUGUGAAACAGAAAGGAAUCCAGAGCAUGAAGUUUAUUACUGCAAAGAAUGCACUUAUGUUGCGCAUGUUGAUUGUGUGAUUUCAGAGGUUGAACCUCCUGAAAAGAUAUUUGAAUAUCUGAAGAAGAGAAGGCUGACAAAGAGGGGAAGGAUAGAUGAAAGGAUUGGAAUACCCUGCUUACUCCCUAUUGGAGAGCUUUGCAUGACAUUUUUCCCCACCCAACCUUGUGACGCCCUCGUUACGGAGGCUGACCACUUUGUCUACCUCUCUUGA